UGAUUGGCUCAUAUUGCAUGACGUCAUAGGCAGACAGCCAAUCAAAUCACUAGUACAACCGCGGACAUUUGAAAAUAAAAAUGGCCGACAUCCAAGCUGUCCUGCGUCGCUGUGAUCCUGCCCUCCUGGACCCCUGUGCAGACCCGGAGCAGCCGGACUGUCCUAAAGCAGACAGGAUGGUCCUCUAUCUGACGGACAGCCGACGUGUCCAGAAAGUUCUGUGGCGUCAGCUGUUUGUUCUGGACUCCAUGAUGUCUCUGUUGGAGGGUCUGGAGUCUGCCCAGCAACUGAUGACAACACAAUGCCCCUCACCACCAGAUGGUGGGGCUCGGGGGAGGUGGAAGGCUCUGAAGGUGGAGAACAGGUCAGGGCUGGAGGAGACAGAGACUCUGCUCAGAGGUCUGCAGGAGAGGAUCCAACAGAUCCUGGACCGCCGACACACACUCACACAGCUGGUUCUACAUCUGCACAACAAGAAGCAGCAGUGUGAGCAGCUGGAGAAGUCCCUGCAGACGGCCCAGAAUGCAUUGCAAGCUUGUGAUCAUCAGCUGACCCGGCUAAGGGCGGAGUCAGAGGCGGUGCACAGUCAGCUGAUCAGCUGGCAGCGGCUCAGAGAUGAGCUGCAGGUGUACGUUUCUGCUGUACAGGACGUCAUACAGAUCAACCUGCUGUCCUUUAACCAAUCAGAGUUGUGUAUGGAGCUCAGACCACGCCCCUCCUCUGACCAGUCGUCCAAUGAACUGGAGCCUCUGAGGCUGUCAGUCACCUGGAGCCAUGAUGACCGCUUCAAACUGCAGGUGAAUGAGGGGACAACCGGUCUGGAGGAGGACUGCAGGUCAGGAAGAUACUCUGAGCUUGGCGCCGCCCUGCUGGAGGUGAUGCAGUGUUACGUGGGCCAGUUUGAGCUGCUGUGUGAGAUCCAGGGACUGAGAUCCAGUUUUGCCAUCGACUGGCGUCCUGCGCAGCGUCUGCUGGUCUACCUGAAGUCAGCUUUGUUGGUGUGUCACAUAGAGGUGGAGGAGGGAUACCCGAGCAGCGGACGAGCUCGGCUGCUGUCCGUACGAAGAGACGGACAACCUGUGGACACGUCUGGGCUUAAGCCUCAUAAAUCCAAUCUCAGUCUGACAGACUGGUUGGUUUUCCUCUGCAGCAGUCCUCUCAUCUGAUCCACUCCUCUUUUGUUUUUCUUCACCUCCUCACGUUUGAUUCUUUGUCCGUCUCCCUCUUCUUCUUUCCUUCCCUCCUCUGAGUUUCUGACAGUGAAAUAAGCCUGUGGACGUCCAGAGUUGGACGGUUGUAAAUUUCCUUUUUGUAUUAAAACGUCUGUUUAUGUAAAGUCAAUGAACUAAACAUAAAAAUGUAAAUAAACCUUUUACUUCAUAAUAA